AUUGAUAGUACCAUAUAAGAUUGUUAUAAGCGAAUCAUCGGUAGUGGCUGAUCCUGUUUAUUCAAUAAUUCGUUGWAUUACUUUAGAAUUUGAACACCGCUAAGUGUAAAAACCUCUUUGAGUUCGCUGCGACGCUCGAUCGUGUCUUCAGCAACGGUUYGGCCAUCUAUCAACAUGUCUAACUAUAUAUUCUACAUUUUYAUUUUUUGUUCCUGGUCGCCCAAUUGUAUCUGCCAGUCAUACAAAGAUUCCAAUGGUACUACUGGAGGAAUAAAGACAAUAACAGGAGUAUUAAACAAAUUGCUAACUGGCUAUGACCGCAGAGUCCGACCGAAUUACGAAGGUGGUCCAGUGGUGGUGACUGUUGGCUUUACGCUGUUAUCUAUCGAUUCUAUYAACGUUAUCGACAUGGAUUUCUCUUUGGACAUGUUUUUACGUCAAGAGUGGACCGAUGAGAGACUGGACCAUGGUACCAAUGACACAAUGUUUCUAAGCAAUCACGUGAUGGACAGGGUGUGGCUACCAGAUUCUUAUUUUGUUAACUCUAAAGACGCCAAGUUUCACACCGUCACAACUGCCAAUCGUAUGAUCAUGCUGGGACCCAAAGGAAAAGUGAAAUAUAAUGCCAGAGUAACUGUAAAAGCCUACUGUUCUAUGGAUCUCAAGGAAUUUCCAAUGGACACACAGUUUUGUUCUCUCGUAUUUGAAAGUUAUGGCUACAUUGAUAAACAUAUAACGUUCUUGUGGGAGCCAAACAUGAAGCCAGUGCCAGAAUCUCUAAAAGAACUACCCCAAUAUAAACUGAAUGGACUGAAAUUGUCCUACACAUACACAAUAUACAUCGUCGGAAAUUGGUCAGGAUUGAAUGCAACGUUUGAGUUUGAGCGGACUUACAGUUACUUUAUCUACCAUGCAUACGCGCCGUCAGCAAUUAUCGUGAUUAUAUCAUGGAUAGGAUUCGUCCUCCCACGUGACAAACCUCCUGCAAGAAUCACACUUGGAGUGACGUCAGUUCUGACUGUAGUUACAAUCCUUACCAUGCUAAGCAACCACGUUGCUAAGGUUAACUACGUGAAGAGAAUUGAUCAGUAUCUUAUAGGAUGUUUUCUAUUUGUAUUUGGUUCUCUCCUGGAAUACGCGGUGGUUUUAUUCCUUGGAACGGUUACAUUUCAAUAUGGCGCAUGGAACUAUGAAGAAGGCUAUUGA